AUGAAUGUUGAAGUUAUCUCAAACUUUGGCUUGAUUUACUAUGCGUUCCUCAAUGGCUUAGAGAUGAACUUGGAUACAAUUCUCAAAGCCAAAAAAGAAGCUACAAGCAUUGCAGCUGCUGGAAUAGUCUUUCCUAUGAUAGCAGGAUCAGGAUUAUAUGCUUUACACCGAAGAUUUUAUAUCAAUAAUAUUUUCAAGCUUGAAGAAGUUUCAACUCAUGUUUAUUUAAUUUGGAGUUUAGUUCUCUCAGUUACAGGUUUUCCAAACCUGGUAGAAAUUCUUUCAGAGCUCAAGCUUCAUUACACUGGCCUAGGCAAAGUUGCCUUAACCGCCGCAAUGAUUAUUGACACCUACAAUUGGAUUCUUUUCACAUUGUUGAUUCCAUUCUCAACUUAUAGUUCAAAUGCAAUUUAUUCAGUGCUGAGCACAAUCAUGUUCGUUAUCGUGUGCAUCGUUUUGGUUCGUCCUAUAAUAACAAAGUUUCUUGAAAAAAAGACAGAGGAGAAUGAAUUGGAUGAGCACCAACUACUUUUUGUGGUGAUGGGGCUCUUGUUGUGUUCAUAUGUUACGGAUAUUAUUGGUACACAUGGCAUUGUUGGUGCUUUUGUGUACGGACUAAUUUUACCUCGUGGGAGAUUUGCUGACUCGGUUAUGGCGGUUUCUGAUGAUUUUGGUACCGGCUUUCUAGCAUCAAUUUACUUUUCUGGGACUGGAAUGAGAUUUAUGAUUUCAUCUGUUUUUUCUCAUGCAAAUUGGAAAUUGACAUUCCUCGUUGUCAUCUUAUUAUGUGUCACAAAGAUAUUGGGAACUUUAUUUGUCACCUCCUUAUUUGGUAGGCCCGCUAAAGAUGGUUUUGCCAUAGGAUUGCUUCUCAACACCAAAGGUGCCUUAGCACUCAUAUUGCUAAGCAUUGCUUGGGAUAAGAUGAUUUUUUUUGCACCAACCUAUGCUGUUCUUAUUUCUGCUGUUCUUCUAAUGACUAUGGUAGUCUCUCCCAUCAUCAACCUGAUCUUCAAGCCAAGAAAGCGGUUCCAACAAACGAAGCUAAGAACCAUAGAAAGGCUAAGAAUUGAUGCAGAACUCCGAAUGUUAGCAUGCGUCCACACUAACCAGCACGCCACAAGCAUGAUCAACAUUAUUGAACUCUUCAGUGCCACAAGACUCUCCCCUGUAUACGUUUUCGGCUUGUACCUUGUCGAAAUCACAAACCGUGCCACCGCACUUGUUGUUGCUCAUAUGGACAAGCCGACUUCACAGCUCGGAGGCCAAACUGCCUUCACCCAAUCACAGGUGGAGUUAGAAAACAUUACUUUUACCUUCGAGGGUUUUGGAAACAGAGCUGGUCAUGAUGCUUUCAGGGUCGAGACCACCAGCGUGGUCUCGGCCUACGAAAGCAUUCAUGAAGAUAUUUUCAACUCCGCCAGAGAAAGAGGCGCAAGUUUGAUUCUCCUUCCGUUCCACAAACACUUGAGUAACGGUAAUUUGCUUGAAACAACGAACUCCGUGUAUAAGGAUAUAAACAAGAGCGUAAUGCAAAAUGCGCCUUGUUCUGUGGGAAUCUUCGUUGAUCGGAAUCUUGGAUCUUUUUCCAAAACCAAGCUUCGUAUUCUUAUGGUGUUUGUUGGAGGCCCAAACGAUCGCGAAGCUUUAGCAAUUGCAUGGAAGAUGGCUAGGCAUCGUAAUGUUGAACUAUCGAUGAUUCGAAUUCGGUUGUUUGAUGAACCUGUGGAAAUAGAAUCAACUCAUUUUGAAGAAGCACGUGGGAUAUUAUCGUAUGUAAUGGAUGAAGAGAAGCAAAGGGAGUUGGAUGAAGGGUAUAUAAGUAAAUUCAGAUACACUGCUGUGAACAAUGAGGAUUCUAUAUCUUACUCGGAGGUUGAUGUCCAUACAAGUGAAGAUGUUCCUAGAGUCUUGAAGGAACUUGAUCAGAACGGUUGUGAUUUAUACAUUGUUGGACGAGGGUAUUAUAGGAACUCUAAAAUAUUCUCAAACUUAUUGGAAUGGUGUGAAUGUGUGGAAUUAGGAGUUAUUGGGGAUAUUUUAGCAUCAAAUAUUUUUGGUUCAAGCUCUUCUGUUUUAGUUGUUCAGCAAUAUGGUUUUGGAGGAAUGGAAUUUGGGAAGAAGAACUCUGCAAAACUCAUUGUCAAGACAGAGUAA